AUGCUGCCCAGCCGAGUCGGAUCCGGCGGUCGGCUAGCCGUGACAGUCGUUGACGAUGACUUGUGGCUGUUAUAUGGCGCCCCACCGCACGCAGUCGUUGACGAUGACUUGUGGCUGUUAUAUGGCGCCCCACCGCACGCAGUCGUUGACGAUGACUUGUGGCUGUUAUAUGGCGCCCCACCGCACGCAGUCGUUGACGAUGACUUGUGGCUGUUAUAUGGCGCCCCACCGCACGCAGUCGUUGACGAUGACUUGUGGCUGUUAUAUGGCGCCCCACCGCACGCAGUCGUUGACGAUGACUUGUGGCUGUUAUACGGCGCCCCACCGCACGCAGUCGCUGACGAUGACUUGUGGCUGUUAUACGGCGCCCCACCGCACGCAGUCGCUGACGAUGACUUGUGGCUGUUAUACGGCGCCCCACCGCACGCAGUCGCUGACGAUGACUUGUGGCUGUUAUAUGGCGCCCCACCGCACGCAGUCGUUGACGAUGACUUGUGGCUGUUAUACGGCGCCCCACCGCACGCAGUCGUUGACGAUGACUUGUGGCUGUUAUAUGGCGCCCCACCGCACGCAGUCGUUGACGAUGACUUGUGGCUGUUAUACGGCGCCCCACCGCACGCAGUCGUUGACGAUGACUUGUGGCUGUUAUACGGCGCCCCACCGCACGCAGUCGUUGACGAUGACUUGUGGCUGUUAUAUGGCGCCCCACCGUAUGCAGUCGUUGACGAUGACUUGUGGCUGUUAUAUGGCGCCCCACCGCACGCAGUCGCUGACGAUGACUUGUGGCUGUUAUAUGGCGCCCCACCGCACGCAGUCGUUGACGAUGACUUGUGGCUGUUAUACGGCGCCCCACCGCACGCAGUCGUUGACGAUGACUUGUGGCUGUUAUACGGCGCCCCACCGCACGCAGUCGUUGACGAUGACUUGUGGCUGUUAUAUGGCGCCCCACCUCGUUGA